AUGCUGACGAACCGGCACACAAACCCGUCGCUUUUCUCCGUUGAGGAUUUGCAGGCGGGGGGCGGGAAAAAACGCAUCGCGGUUCAGUACCCGACCGGCGGCACCAAUGUCCCGAGGCAGUUUAUCGAAUCCAAUUUCCCAACCGUUGACGUGAUCCAGGCCAACGGCUUCGUGGACGUGGCGGAUAAGGUGAAGGACGGCCAGGCACAGGCGGGUGUCUACGACGAACCAGUAUUGCAAUGGCUGGCCGCGAAAGACGAAGCGAGACGUUCCUGUAGCGACCUGCCGUUGGAGGUCACGGGGGAUUUGUUCGGUCCACAGGAGUACGCCUACGCAUUUCCGAAAAACUCGCCGCUUCGUGACGCAGUGUCGGAGGCCGUCACGUAUCUGCGCUCGAGAAAACACCCGGACAUCGACCACGAGCUGUCUAAGAAAUGGUUUCCAGGUUUCGCGGCUGGUGCGUCAAGCGAAGCAGGUAGGGACGACGCCUGCGCGACCGCUGACAUUGGGGAUGAGAAUCAGCUCACGUUCCAUGACUUUUCUCAAAUUUUCCUCGUGGUGUCAGCCGCGGUGGGGGUCGUGGUGGCAUUGUGGGCCGCCCAGGCGGUUGCGUUCGCGUGCGUCAAUAGUCGGCGGAGAGGAAGGUAAAGCAGUGAGAUGAAAAAAAAUUUUUUGCCAUGUAAGAUUUUUGAACGGCUUACUGUUUCGAGUUCGUGAGAAAGAAAUGCGAACAUUCCUCAGCUAGAUGGUGCUUAUCUGAGAAACCAGCCUACGGGAGCAAGGGCAUGGCGGUACCAAAUAAAUAAAGUGAGAGAUGAUCUACACACUUCCUUUGGAGAGUUCUCUUCUCCCCAUUCUGCGGUGCUUGUGCAGCAGUAGCUUGUUCUUACUUGCUCGUUUGAUUCAUUGUGUCGAACAUGAGCGGAAGUUUCUUCGCAAAAA